CACUGAAACUAUGUGUCAAACGAACGCAGGCUACCGUGCAAGCGCGGUGUGGGAAUUCUUGCAAUAUUAAUUUAUUUACUUAAAAUUCUCGUCCGGUCCGCAUCAUAUUUUUAUCAACCAGUCGCUAUCAAACGAUCACUGCAAAUCUAGUCACUUUAAAGUCUUUGGCUGAAUCAAUAGGGCCUAAACCACGAUGAGCAGCGAAGAUGUGAAAUUAUUCACGAGGGAGGAGUUGAAAUCCCGAAACACUCGUGAAGAUGCAGUCAUGAUCAUUCAUAACGGUGUCUAUGAUGUCACGCAUUUCCUUGAUGAGCACCCGGGGGGAGAGGAGGUGCUGCUGGAGCAGGCAGGCAAGGACGCCACGGAGCCCUUCGAGGAUGUCAGCCACAGCUCGGAUGCCAGAGCCCUAAUGAAGAAAUACAAGAUCGGCGAGCUGGUUGAGGCGGACCGCACGCAGACGAAGGGCGCGUAUGCGCCGCAGUGGAGCAACGACCAACCGCAGGAGCAGGGCAAUGCGUGGACCUCAUGGCUGGCGCCGCUUCUGCUCGGCGUCGCGGCCACCAUCCUCUACCGCUACCUGUUCGCGUAGCCUUCCAUCCGCCGAAAACGCCCAUAGGCGUCCGACGACUAAAGUUAUCUGAGCUGGGCCAUGGCGAAUUUGACAAUCGAAAAGUAAUGAAAUGAUGUGUUGGGAUGAUAGAUAGGGGCUGAUUUUUGAUUUUUGUCUAUUUUUUUUCGUCAGAUUGCGAUGAAAUUGGUGAAUGGAGUUAGACUUCUCUAUUCCGCACAGCGCAAUAUCACCGAUGGUAUGUCCUAAUACAUCUUCUACUGAGUUACGAAAACGUGUGGAAUGUUCGUAACUCAAAGUAAAAACCACAUACUCUUUUUUGUCCUGAAUUGAGAUUUCGUAUUUAUUUAGCCUCAGCUCUUCAAACUUCAAAUUUGAUUAAAAUAUAAUAAAAAAUAAAUCAACACAAUAAAAGUGGUGCAUAUUCUUAAAUCAGUUUCAAUUGACGUUUUAUAUAAACCAUACGGCCCAAUUCGAAUUUAAAGAUACGUCAAAUAUUAGGUCUAGAUACGAUACGGAUCGGAUAUUUGUUUUUUUUUGAAGUUACGUCACUUUUGACACUGACAUAUCCGAUCCUUUUCGUAUUUAGACCUAAUUUUUGACGUAAGGUCAGCCGGGACAAUUGCAACUAUGGGGUAAUUGGAACUAUGGGACAGUUGCAACUAUGGGACAAAUGCACUCUUAAUAAGUAAGUAAUAAUCAGAGUUAUAAUUACCUGAUGAAAGUAUGUCAUGAAUACAAGAGGCUAGCUCAUUACUUCUUGUAUUUUUAGAGUAAAUAGUUGCAUUGGCCCCAUGAUUGCAAUUGUCCUGGGCAACCUUAUCUUAAAGUUUGAAUCAGGCCGUUAGUCACUUGACUAGCCCAGUGUGACGCCCACUGGUUACAUUACAACGUACGCCGUCCUCUAUUAUGUUCGCAUAAGCCAGGCGCCGAAAACGUCUAUAGGCGUUCGACGGCUGAAGUUGAAGCGAUAAACCUAAGAUCAGGCAAGGGGGGAGGGGUGCAGCUGUCUCCCCCCUGGAGCUUUACAUACAAUGUAUGCCCCUCUGCGGUAGCCCCCCCCCCUAGUUCUGUCCCUAGCUACGCCCUUGUUUGCCAUGUUUCAUGUAAAUCGUCAAUGUACGACACGGUUACAUCAGCUCAGAUAAUUUUGUCAUUAAUUAUAAAACAAAACGUAUUUAUUUACACUAUUUACAGCAUAAUAAACUAUAAUACUAAAUGCAAUGCCGAUGGCUUUGCGGUGGAAGUGUAAUAAAAACCGAGAACGCAGAAGUGCGUUCAUUAAAUUAAUUUUCGUACCGUAAAUCUUCGGGCAGUGAAUGUGUUGUGGUCGAUAUGUGAGCUUUCCAUGUCCUAUCUUGGACGCAUAUAUACGUCCAUAAAUUAUAUAAUUGUUGGUCAAUAUUCAGUCAUUUGGCGUUGCUAGGUAUAAUUACGAGCUUAUCUCGUGUUGAGCCUUUACGACACAGGCGUAUUCUAAUUUUAAUAACAGGAAACUGUAUAUAUUAGAUAUGGAUCUGGGGGCCGAUUUUUGAAUUUCGACCACUCGAUUUCCUGUAUUUUGUUCAAUAAUAUCUCCACUACUAGGCAUUUAAAUUCUCCUAUUGGAAUUGAAAACGAGUGGUCAAUACCACUCGAUUCCCAAUUUCUAUCGCUCGUAUUUCAAAAGACAGAUUUUCGAGUGACGAAAUCGAGCGCUCGAAAUUCAAAAAUCGGUCCCCUGAUUUCUGUGCCAUUAGUGACAUUUCUUCAACCAAAAACGUCACUUUUGACACUAACAUAUGAGAUCCAUAUUGUAUCUAGAUCUAAUUCAUAUUUGAAUGAAAUUACUGUGUAUAAAAAAAUGACGAAGCCUGUUGCCGAUUUCUGGUUGUACCCUCCUGGCGAAGCCUGUGUUGCGGAUAUGAAUUUGUCAUUAUUUUAUUAAUGCUUGAUUUUGAUUAAAUAAAGGAUAUUCAUAUCUUGUUAUUAAAGUAGAAUACAUCUGGAAGCGAGAAAAAUGGGCCAAUAAUUAUUUUAUCGAUUUUUGUUUUAAGUCCGUGUAUGUUCUAAUUGCAUUGAGUACUCCGAUGAUAUCCACUGCCGUCUAGGGCGGUCAAAGGAUACCCUGCCCGUUCUGCUUUAGGUCCUGCGUCCAAAGGGUUUCGUAUCUUUUUAGGGUUCCGUACCCAAAGGGUCCGUCCGUCUGUCUGUCCAUCUGUCACUAGAUUGUAUCUCAUGAACCGUGAUAGUUAGACAGUUAGAUGAUGUAUUUGUGUUGCCGUUAUAACAACAAAUACUAAAAACAGAAUAUAAUUAAUAUUUAACUGGGGCUCGUCCCAUACUAGUCAUACAACAAACGUGUUUUUUUUUGCCGUUAUUCGCGUAACGGUACGGAACCCUUCGUGCGCGAGGCCGACUCGCACUUAAACGGUUUUUUUUGUGUUCGAAUUGGAUUAUGAACGACUCCGGUCUUUUAUCCACACGGCUAAGUGCAUUUGGGCGUUUUCUAAAAUAAAUAUUGAAAACCUGACUAUUGCAAAUCUGGACUUUCUUGCUCAGAACCUACCAUUAAACAUUUAGUGUGGAAAAGAUCACUUAUUUGCGUGACAGUGGAAACUACAAUUUCCAUACAAAUUUUAUUAAGGUUGACUGGUAGAUAAUGCGUUUUGCAUUAAGUCCUCCUUUUGUACUAUAAGGUUAUUUUUGUGCAAUAAAGUUUAAAUAAAUAAAUAAAAUUUUUGGGUCUUUUUUUCCAUCAAGAUUGAAUAUGCUAGUGAUUCUGAGUUGAAAGAACCAAAAAACGCCAGGAUCUGUGAGAAUCAUGCCUUUAAUAUUUUUAUAGAAUAAACUUAUUUUUUAACGAAAUAGGCUAACUGCAGAGAGAGAUUGAACAAAGUGAGGUGUGUCAUUAUAAACGUCAUAUUUUCAUAGACAUUUGACACCUUUUGACCGCCAGAGUCGGCUGUGGCCGUCAUUGGAAUGUGUUGCCAAGGCCGCCAACUACCUAUACAGUGUGUCCCUAGCCAUUGGACAAAGCCGAAAUGUACAUAUGCAUUAGGGUAUUUAGAACCAGUGUACAAAGUAUCAUAACAACCGGUGUAGCGGUUUCGAAGAAAUUAACAAAUUACCAUAUUUUACUUUGGAGCAGUCUGUAUGUGUUAGUAGCUCGUAAGGUAAUAUCCUAAAAGAAUAUUCUGGAACCUUCUUCGACCUUUUUGAUUACCUAUUAUUUUUAUUUAUGACACUAAUAUAAACUUCGGACUUUUGAAAAAUGUCAUCAUUAUCAAAUAUUUCGAACAAAUUGUCAGUGUGUUUCUUUUUGUUGUCGAUUAUUGCAAAUAACUUUUGUUCGAAAAAUAUAUUUUUAUCUUUUGUUCUAAUUUAAAAAAAUAUUAACGCCAGAGCAUUCCUGAGAAGUAACCCUACGUGGGAUUUCAGGAUUUGCCCAAUGGCUAAGGUCACUUUGUAUACCUACUUUACUCUGACGCCAACGCCGGCUACAGCCGACAGCUUCGCUAAUGCAAUAAAGACUUACGCGGGACAACGUAAAGUUCAAUUUCGCUUAAAUAAUCGCGAUCGCCUGGCGUCCGGGGCACGGCAUAUUCCUUCGCCGUCUGGCGUUCAAAGGGUUAAUUAUGACGCCACCACACUUUGUCACUGAAAAUGUCAUGCAGACUUAGCUUGGUCUAUAUAAUAAUUAUAAUAAAAAAUGCUAUACAGGGCAGAUUAUACGAAUGAAAAAGCUUAUGCUAAUUUUAAGCUGCAUAAUUUAUAAUUUAAAUAUAAUUAUAUCGUGUAAGGCAUAAUGUUAUAUUGUUUAAUAAAAGACAUUCAAUUGAAAGGGAUAAUUAUUGGUGACUUUUAUACUUUAUCUAUAUCGUUUUAUAUUUUGGUUUAUUGGUGACUAUAAGAUAAAAUGUAUGUAUAGAUAUAUAACUGGUAUUGUUGUUUAAUGAAACAGUAAAAACAAAUGGCGUUACAAUACAAUAACAUAACUGAACAUAAUAAAAGUAUUAUAAGUACUUAAACAGUAUUCCUUUUAUUAUGAGACUCCAUGAAAAAAAAAGUUUAUUCCGUAGACUAAAAUGACGUUUCUUAUGUAAGACAUGGCAUUUCUAAGUACCACAUGAAAAGUCAUUUUAGUCUACGGAAUAAAAAAACAGAAUAUAAUUGCAAUAAAUAUUCUAUAGGUAUUGAGAAUUUCAGAUUUCCAUGUUAUUCUAUGAGUUACUUAAAAUGAAUACUUACUUAUUACUAAGUACAUCUCUCUUUUCUUGACUCAUGAGCGCAUCGAUAAAUGCAUCGGCUCGAAUUCGUGAGUGACACCACUGCACUAGCACCAUUCUUAGAGCCCGUAGGUCGUAAAUUUUGAAUAUAAAAAAUGUUUGCUGGUGCAUUUAAAUAAGUGACAGAUGCUCCAGAUCGGCUUCUACGUUACGGUCUUCAGCUGACGGUCUUUCCACCGUGAUACAGCCGGCUGAAGAUAUUUCCAAGGGCAUAAUAACAUUUGACAAAGUUUCAAUUGGGAUGUGAUGACGAAAGAAAUUUAAAUGUCCAUUCAUUUCAUGUUGCAGUAAAUAACAUUAUGUGACUUAAUAUAACAUUAGAGGUAUGGAAGGUAGAGGUAAGGAAUAGAAUAGAAUCUCCAUUUACCAAAAAUUGUCCGCCAAAAAACCUUAAAUAGGUGGCGCUACAAUACCUAGAAUACUUGAAUAGAAAUAUCACACGUCACUCUCAACGCCUACGUUCUUAGCUACUCUGGGGAGAUUUGGAACUAUUAUUUAUAGCUGACAGACAGCUGGACAUUUUUGCAACAGUUCUGCCAAUUAGGCGGGUCCACACAGAGCGGCAAACAACGCAAUUUCCUCACGCACAAACCGGCCUCGCGCGUAUGUUCGCUCUGUGUGGACUCGCCUAGUGAGAUCGUAUUCCUUACCUCUACCUUCCAUAAUUAGAGGUCACUAACCUGUCCCAGUAAAUUGAGGUAGUGUGCGUGAAGUGUGUCUGUGCGUGUAAUGCGGUAAUUUGACAGUAUCUGAAAAUUUACCCUCCUCUACCCUUCUUAAACAGGUUUUUUAACAAGUUUUCCAUAUCCUCCGGAGAGGUGUAGGAGGGCUCGGGGCAAGUCCCGAGCCCUCCUACACCAGUAGCAGAGCAAGCACUGCACACUACACACUUCGGACACAGCCUCACCAGCACGCCGCACACGCCAGCUAAGCUACCGGUCGCCUUCACCGCGGCCCCGAAACCUGGCCCCACUCAAACGGUAUCACCAGGUUAGGGGUCGUGGGGUUGGAUAACGAUCGGUAGCGAAGAGCUGGCCCACACCAGCCACACACACUGUCCCCCAAAUGACGGCCAUUUGACCACCCCACCGGUCGGUGGGGAAGCGACCCGCGACAGCCGCCGCAGCCGAAAGGCGGUAGCGGCCCCUCAUACCCCCCUGACGGGGGGUAUCGACAGACAUCCAGUCAGUUUUCCCUAUUGACUUGGUGCAUCAAGACGGUUAGAAAGUCUACCGCGAAACGCGAGAAACCAAAUUUCGGUAAGUAUUUUACUCCGCCUCUCUAUCGCUCGGAUAUGCAAGAUUGAUGGAUAGAGGCAAAUAACGAAAUUUCGAUUUUCGUGUUAGGCCCUAGUAUAGUUGCGCCCUCUACGCAGAAUUUUGCGUAAUAUACCCUAUUGUAUAUGCUUCAUCAAUUCAGAAACAAUAAUGUCCUCAUAAGUGAUGUGAAAAGCAAGGUAGCAAAAUUAUUUCCACCUUAGGCAUCAACACUUAAAUACGUCACUACGCUCAGGAUUCUAUUUUAGAAUUCCUUCAAUUUUGGAGUCCUUCGCUUCGUUCAGGAUUAUAUAGAUAUAGGACGCCGUAAAUAUGUCAUUUUGCUCCCAUGAGACACUAUAGUAUAGUCAGCGUCAAAUACUUCGUAGCAGUCAAAGUGGCCAAAUAGUUCGGUACACCAUACUAAAUAUAUGGUGUACCGAAUUAUUUGGCUACUUUGGUUACUACAAAGUAUUUGACGCUGACUGUACCACUGAAAAUCCGCAACAUGGCGAAGCUCAUAAAAUCAUACAUAUAGUACACAAGCUGUUAACUCUUUUUCAACCUGAGUGAUAACUUUUGUUUGGAUAUUUUGAAUUAUUCAUAUCAGAAAAGGAAGUACCAAAAAUUAAACAAAAUGUAAUAAUAGAAAGUUAUGUAUUUAAACGUCACACGCAUUAACUUUAAUUUUAUUUGUCUGUUUGGUAUAUUGAUUUGGGUUGGCCUGUCAAAUAUUUUACAGAUCGCGCCAGCAUACCUUGCCCUGACACAUCUCUAGAAUAGUCAAAUCUUGUUUUUUUUGGAACAAUAUGGUCAGCUCUUUAAGCCAAAUCAUAGAACAAAAAAAGAAAAAGUGGCAAGCUACGAUGGCGCCAUCUAUGCAAAUGUUCGACAGUUGUCAACACUUGUUUGUCAAUUUCUUAUAAAUUUUAUAUAGAGGUAAACAAUAAAUAAGUUACAAGAAUUUGUAAUAAGCUGCAAUUUUGAUACGUAAAUAAAUCAUUUUUCAUUUUCA